AAUGGAAAUGUGUGAGCGAAAUCCUCUAAAUUCUGGCUAUGUAGGUUCUCUUUUGAAUUUUCCUACCCCGGAGUCUUUAUAUUUCACAAACUUGCGGGGCAAUGGAGCCCAUCAUCCCGCUCUUCAUCAGCUCUCCUAUAACAGGAGGGAGGUGUGCACGCUCCCGUGGACUUCUCCAAGUUCGUGCACAUCUCCACCACAAAGCCGUGCCUUCAGUGGCUACUCUUCGCCGUUUCUACACAACUCAGUGUCUGUGAAUACUAAUCCAAACAACCACAACAAGGGACCAGUGGACGAGUCAAGUAAAUAUUAUUUUCAGGACGUAAACCACAAGCCAGAGGAAUCUGGUAAACAAGCGUUUUUUGCUGGUGAACAUGGAGUGAUCACUGCGCGUAACUCGAAAUACGAGUACGCAAACUUGGACCGACAGUCCCAUAAUUCUGCACCACCAAUCCAUCUAAAUUCAACAAAUCAGGGAGUUACUGCCUUUAAGCAAUCGGUCCAUACAAAUACUCCAACGCAACCAUCUGCAAAUAAUGCAUGUUCCCGCGCAUCUUGUUCGGAUGGUGCACCCUGGUGUUCAUCACAAGUGAAACCCAGAAAGAAGAGAAAGCCAUACACUAAAUCACAGCUCGCUGAACUUGAGAAUGAAUUCAUGAUGAACGAAUUCAUAAACAGACAGAAAAGGAAGGAACUUUCCGAUAGACUGGACUUAACUGAUCAACAAGUCAAAAUCUGGUUCCAGAACCGCAGAAUGAAGAAGAAAAGACUGAUGAUGCGAGAGCACGCAUUCUCUAUGUAUGGAUAGUCAUGUGCUUGAUCGUGACCUCCUAAGGCCCAGGGCCCAGGCAACCAGCCAUUUCAAAACUGUGUUCAUAUAUUGACCUUGGCAAUAUACAUAUGGUUUGAUAAAAUAUAUAGUAAGCUUCAAAUGUUGUUAAAUUAUCAUACGACCCUCUAAUGUUGUAAAUUAAAACGGUUUCGUGUGUAUUUUAGCAUGCAAAUAUUCACAAGCGAUGCGUUAUU